AUGGCAUGUCCAAUGGAUAAUGGAACAGACGAUACGAAUCAAAUCGGUUCAUGUUUGACGAAAGGUCCUGGACUAUUGUACAGCGAAUAUCUUUUACUAGAUAAAGUUUUGUCGGCCCAAAGAUUACUCAGCAGUGAAUACGAUAAAGAAGUUCACGAUGAGCAUCUAUUUAUUGUGACGCAUCAAGCCUACGAACUGUGGUUCAAACAAAUUAUCUUCGAACUCGAUUCUGUUCGAGCACUCUUUAGUAAUGAAGAGAAACUUCACGAAAAGUAUGCACAAGCCCGUAUCCUUAAUGAGAAUAAUUUGCACAGUUCCGAGGCCAUUGACGAGUCAAGAACUUUGGAAAUUCUCAAACGCCUUAAUCGUAUUGUUCUUAUUCUUAAACUGCUCGUGGAUCAGGUCUCGAUCCUCGAGACGAUGACGCCCCUGGACUUCAUGGCCUUUCGCGACUACCUCUGCCCGGCCUCGGGCUUCCAAUCCCUGCAGUUUCGCCUCCUCGAGAACAAGCUCGGCGUCAAACAGGCCCAUCGCGUCAAGUACAGCCAAAGCUACAAGCGCGUCUUCGGGCGCGACCCAAAUGCCGUCGAGGCCAUACGUCGGAGCGAGGAGGAGCCGAGCCUCAGUCACCUUGUCCAGUUUUGGCUCGCCCGGACCCCCGGACUCGCCACCAACGACUUCGACUUCUGGGGCAAGUACCGGCGCGCCGUCGAGGCCAUGCUCAACGAGCAGCGCCAACACAUACACGAGGAGGAGGAGGAGGAGUUCCGUAAACAAUUGCUGAACAAUUUGGCAGCGCGCCAGGCGGUCUUCGACUCGAUCUUCAACGUGGCCGCGCACAACGCCCUCGUCUCCAGGGGCGAGCGCCGCUUCUCACACGCGGCCCUCCAGGGCGCGAUCAUGAUCACCCUCUAUCGGGACGAGCCGCGCUUCAGCCAGCCUCACCAGAUUCUCACGGCCCUAAUGGACAUCGACUCGCUCAUCACCAAGUGGAGAUACAACCACGUUCUCAUGGUUCAAAGAAUGAUCGGCUCGCAGCAGCUCGGCACCGGCGGCUCAUCCGGAUAUCUCUACUUGAAAACCACUUUAAGCGAUCGCUACAAAGUCUUUGUAGACUUAUUUAAUCUCUCGACCUUUUUGAUACCACGUCAACUCAUUCCGCCACUCACCAAACGCAUGAAGUCAAAAUUAUCUAUAGUUUGGGAUUACUCCGAUUUUGAAGAGGACGUAGUAUCAUCGGUAGAGACUUCGUCGGUAAACGCCACAACCUCAUCCUCGUCGACAGAGCAGAAAAACCGUAAAGAUAAUUACCACAGCGAUGAAAGAAGUUGUUACGGCAUUAUUAAUAAUUCGAAUACUGAUUUGAGUGUGAAUAAUGGCUCCAACAAUUAAAUAAAGCCUUUUUAUCUACGAAAUUGAUAUCUGCUGCUAAUUUUUCAUUUUAUUGUGCAACUCUCUCUCUCUCUCUCUCUCUCUCUCUCUCUCUCUCUCUGACUCUCUGCUUAUACUUGUUAUAUAGGUUCAUGUGCAUAUGUAUGUGAGUUGUAUGUUUAUGCCUCUACAUUAUUGUAAUUUUGUGGUUUAUGAGAAAGAAAAAAACGUUAUGGAAUUUAUUCUUACGUAAGAGCGUUUAUUGCUUGUUCGUUUGCUUUGUCAUCAAUCUUCUUUACAAAUAUAUCAAGUUACAUUUAUAAUAUACCAGCCUUAUAAUAGAAUUAUAAAAUUUCAUAUAAAAAUGAGUCACACGAGUCUUUGACUUUAAU